UUAGGUUUAGCACAUGGAUUUGUGUCAAGUGGAUUGUUUAUAUGUGCAGGAGGAGUACUUUAUGAUAGAUCAGGUACUAGAUUAAUUUACUAUUAUAAAGGAACUGCUCAGGUAAUGCCUUUAUUUUCCAUACUUUUUUUCAUUCUGUCUUUAGGUAACUGUGGAGUACCUUUAACUUUAAAUUUUGUAGGGGAGUUUAUGUCUCUUUAUGGUACAUUUGAAAGAUUACCUGAAUGACCCGAGUUGAAACUUGACUGAUAGGUUGAAGCCAUCUUCAGUCUUCUGUCAAGACUUCGGUAACGGCGAUCGAUGCUUUCCUUCCAGUUGAACAAGCAGGACGAAAGUGUGAGCAACUGUCUCUUUCGAUUAGCCGUUGGUCGUCAUUCAACGAAUGUUGAAAGGAGAGAAGGGAAACAGGGAUGGAAAAUCACCCGUUUCACCGGUACUGCAUGCUCCAACCGUGGAAAACUAGCAUCUCCAGAAAUGGUGUAAAUGAACCGAAGGAAAGGGCAGAAACAGGGGCGAAAGGAGGUGAAAAUAGAAGGGAGGAAAAGGAGAAAAAGAAAGGAGGGGAAAAAAGAGGAGAAAGGAAGGAACCAAAAGGAGGGAAAAGAGGAGGAAAGACGGAGCGGAAAAGGAGGAAAAAGAAGGAGGAGGGAGAAGGAAACAAAAAGAGGAGGAAAUAAGGAGGAUAAAGAAAGCCGAGCUUCGCCUUUGGAUGCGAGAAACAAAGUGUAAUGAGAAAGUUUGGUGGGCUGCAUCAUAAGGUUCGAG